CCUCUCAUUUCUUCACUCCACACAACCCAUUCUCCUUCUCUCUCUAGAUAUAAUCUCUCUAAACCCUCCCCUCUCAAAAGCCUAGGAAAUAAAAGUCUGUUGGUUGCGGCUAAGUCCGAUCUGCCAUCAGAAAAUAUUUCUUAGGUUUUUUCCUCAAAAACCCGCCUAGCCGAGCCGAAGCUCUGUCCGAAUUACGCCGAAAAAAUGGCCGAUUGGUGGCAAGGAGAAGGAGUUUUCGUCGAUGAAUUUCAAGCGGUUGGGGAGGGCGUCGAUAUAUACAACCAAAGGUAUUAUCUCGAGCAAGGACCGGUGGAUCCAACCGACUUGUACGACCAACCCAACCAUCGGUCAAGGGAUGUUUGGAACGAUCACCCG